CCAAUUUUUACGUUGCGAUUAUGCGAUCAUAGAUGAAAAGAAACACAAGAAUAUGGUUCUAAAAUAGCGAUGAGCAAAUUUAAUUGAUCAUCUAUAUUUCACCAGUCACACCGACAAGAAACUGCACAUUUAAUUCCCUUGCCUUCAACAGCUCACAACUACUUCUCAACUCCAUUAUUAACUCUUGCACAGACAUAUUUAUCUGAUAAGCCAUGCAUUUCGUAGCUCAACCUGGACCAUACCGCCUUCAACAAUGCCUUCUUUGUUCACAAUUUUCUUUAGUCUAUUCACCAUUUUAGUACUAGCUUCUUCUACUCAUGGAUCUGGCACCAGGACCGGAACAAACACACGCCCCUUCAAGAAGAUCUUUGCGUUUGGAGAUUCUUACACCGAUACUGGCAACACGGUCUCAGGCAACGGCCCUGCAGGUUUUUCAUUUGUGUCGAACCCUCCUUAUGGCAGCACCUUUUUUCACCACCCCACCAACAGAUACUCUGACGGACGCCUUGUCAUCGACUUCGUAGCUGAAAAACUGUCAUUGCCAUAUCUGUCAGCAUAUCGCAAUAACAAGGCUGAUAAAUCAAAUGGCGUGAAUUUUGCGGUUGCUGGUUCCACUGCGAUAGAACACAGGUUUUUUGUGAGGAACAAUUUAACACUGAACAUUACUCCUCAAUCACUUCAAACACAGUUGUAUUGGUUUGACAAGUUCUUGGCGACUCAAGGGUGUGUAAACAUGACUACAACACCGAAUCAGUGCAAAGCGGUGUUUGAUGAGGCCUUGAUCUGGGUUGGUGAAAUCGGUGCAAAUGACUAUGCAUAUAUAAUUGGAUCUACUGUCACUGGAAAUACCAUUCAACAUCUUGCACUUAAGAGGAGUACUAACUUUGUACAGGCCUUGCUCAACAAGGGUGCCAAGUAUGUUGUAGUCCAAGGUCUGCCUACCACAGGUUGUCUCACAUUGUCCAUGUAUCUCUCUGGAGAUGAUGACAGAGAUGAUAUCGGAUGUCUAGGAAGCCAAAACAGACAGAGCUACAGUCACAACACCAUCUACCAAGCAAAGUUGGAAGAUUUUAGAAAAGAAUUUCCCGAAGCUGUUAUUGUUUAUGCUGAUUACUGGAAUGCCUAUCACACGGUCAUGAAGAACCCAACCAAGUAUGGUUUUAAGGAGCUGUACAAAGUUUGCUGUGGAACGGGUGGUGGAGAAUUGAAUUUUGAUUUUUUUGGAGCAUGCGGCUCACCUGCCUCAAGCAUGUGUACAGUCCCUUCUCAGUACAUCAACUGGGAUGGAGUGCACCUCACUGAAGGCAUGUAUAAGGUGGUUUCUGAGAUGUUCCUUAACGGAACAUUUACUCAUCCUCCAUUUGACUACUUGAUAAAGAAAAAGAUGCAAGCUGGGAUCAACUGAUUAGGACUUCAAGGAUAUUUAAACAGGGAGAAGUGAUAGUUUAGCCAUCUAAUAAUAUCAUACCAUCUUCUUGGAGUGCAAUAGACCCGUCAAUUUUGUUUGGUUGUGUUUUAAAAUUUCCUAUAUUUUUGUGUUUUGGCCUUUGGGUACAUGGAAAUAAUUUGUUUCAGA